AUGAUAAACAAUUUAGAUGUGAGUUAAAGCUAAUAAAAUCAAUAUAAGUAUAGAAAAAAUAGUACAUUAUAUUUUAAAUCGAAAUUCAAAUAACCACCUCAAGGGAUAUUUGAUCAGAUAACACCUUCUUAUGGUUUAGGAAUCGGGAUUUAUUUUGAUCUGAUUUAGCAACUAUUUGGAAUUUUUCUGGUUAUUUUUAUAGUAUCCAUUGGAUGCUUGUAUCUAAACAUUAAUGCAAAUGGAAUAUAUGGGGAGUUUAGGCUAGAGCUUGAUGUGCUAACUUUGGCUAAUAUGCCAAUUAUUGUAACAAACAACCCUGAUAAUAAAUCUGAUACUUAAAUGAGGAUGAAUAUAUAUUAUAUCAUUGAUUGUGCUUACACUAUAAUAUUCUUUAUUUAUCUUAUUUAUGCAAGAGUAAGCACAUACAAAAAGAUUGCUAAAAUUAAAGAAAUUUCAGAUUCUAUAAAAUAUUUUACAGUUCAAGUAACUGGUUUUCCAGACAGUAUAAUUAAUGCUUAUGAAAUUAAAAGCCAUUUUGAAUAGCUAAAUGAUCACAAGUUUAGUGUAGUGGAGUGCAUUCUUUAAAGAAACUAUCAAGAUACCUUGAAGUAUUAAAGACAAAAGUUAAAUUUGCAACAAUAAUUAGAAAUCGAAUUAAACAGAAGUGAUUUGUUGUAAGAAAAAACUGCUGAAGAAGUAUAGAUAAGAGAUGAAAAAUUAGAGUAUUUAAAGCAACAAAUUUAAGAAGUGGAUGAAAAAAUAAAAAAAUAUAUUAACACUAAUCUCUCUAAUGAAGAACUAUCUUCUGUGAAAGCUUUUGUUACUUUUUCUGACAGAAAAUAAAGAAAAUAUGCCCUUAAUUUGUAUGAAAAUUGGGGAGGAGUUUAAGAUCCUAGCUUAAAAUAUAAAAAUAUGCAUGCUCUUAAUGUUUACAAAGCUGAAGAUCCAUCUUGCAUAAUUUGGGAAAAUCAGGAUUCUACACUCCCUGAUAUUUAUGCUUACAAAUGUUUAUCUCUAGUAGUUGGAAUUGUUAUGACUAUUUUAUUUUUAAUAACUUUUCUAAUUUUCAGCUCUUACUACAAAGAUACUUGGAGAGUAGACUGUUAUGAUUGUAUUUAAAAUCUAACUAUGAAAAGUUCAGAUCCAAGGUAUGAAUAGUGUGUGUGUAUGUCAAAUUCUUCUUUCAAGCAAGAUCCCAAUGUUACUUGCUAGUCUUCGUAUUCAGUAUCAGUGCCAAAUACAAUCUUUGGAUUAAUUAUGUCAAUCCUUUUAUUCUUUACUAGGAUAUUUAUGGAGAUUUGUAUUAUAAAGGAGAAACAUAAUUCUGUAGUUUAAAAAGAAAAGAGCAUCUUUUUGAGUCUAUUUUUUUGGACAACCCUCAAUUCUAUACUCUUUAUAUUUUUUUUCCACUUUACAUUUGGUACAGAGCCUGUAAGCUUGCAAAAAUACUUUUCUUAUGUUACUCCUUUCAAAAAUUCCUAAGAUAUGAUGCUAAUAUUAUUUCCUUCUGAUGUUGAUAGAAAUUGGAUUAUAAAUGUGGGUUACAAAAUUACUCUCAUUAGCUUAUUUAACUCCCUCUUUCCAUAAAUUGUAACAUUAGCUAUUAAUUUAUCUGUAGAGUGGUUUAAGGAACAGAAGCAAGAGAAAAAAAGAAUUGAUUUUAUCAUAGAUAGAAACCCAAAUUUAAAUCUUAGAAAAGAUCAUCCUGAAUUAAACAAAAAUACUGAAUUUUCUCUUCCUGAUAGAUAUGCAUAAGUUGCAUUUACAUGCUACCUUGGCUUUAUUUUUGCAGGACCAAUACCAAUCCUUCUCUUGGUGGCUGCAUUGUCUUUAUCUUUUUAAAUAUUUUUUGAUAGGUACAUGCUAAUCAGAUACAAUAGUUUUGAUGUCAUUAAAUAUUAAAGGCUUGAAGUGGAAUACUCAAAAUUAGCUAUACAUUUUCUUAAAUGGAUGCCUUGGUGUAUCGUAUUGCAUUUAUUAUUUUCAGUUUACUGUUUUGCUUCGCCUUCUAUAUUUCCUAAUAUUUAAGCUCUAAAUAUUAUCUUAACUGACUCCUAAAUGCCAAAUUAAUUUGUACAAAGACUUGCUAAAUCAAUAAUAUUAUCUGGCUUACUCGGAUUAAUCUUAAUUAUACUCUUUUUUACUGACAUACUUAAAUGUAAUAAAUGCCUUAAGAAGAAGAAAAAAUAAGAUACUUAAAUUUAUGAUGAGGAAAAAGUAUGUACUCAAGAUAUCUACAUAAACUCUCUUAAAAAUAUUUAAGAUUAAGGUAAACUUAUAACAUAUGAUAUUUCUGAAAAUGAGGACUAUGUAGAUAUAAUAGAUUUGAUAAACUAAGAAUUCUAAAAAAUUUCACAUAAGAAUAAACUAGAGGAAAUAAGUAAAGACCAAAUAGAAAUGUAUGUGAAUCAAAUGACUGAAAACCUUAACUAAUAGAAUUUAUAAAAUACUAACAGAUUACCAUAAUAAAAAAGCAACAUAUUUAACACCAAGAGUUAGAGAGAUUAUAAAUAGAUUUUUGAAAAAAAAUUCCAUCCGAACAAUUCUCAAUUACAUGAAUCAAACAUUAAAAUAGAAUAACCAGGUCUUGAUAAUUCAAUAGUUAAUCCUAAUAAUUUAAGUUAAAUUUAAAACAACGAAGAAGAUCCUAUAAUUAAUUAGAAUCAUAAUUAAAGUAUAGAUUUAGGAAAAUCAAAAGAAGCCUUUAAUCAAAACGAUAGCUAGAAAAAUUCUUUAAAUAAUCAACAAGAAUAGAGUUAAAUAUAAAAUCUCAAAAACGUCAGAGAAAGCGAAAAUUCUUCACCAAAAAAAGAUACUAAAGAAAGAAAAAAGAAGAAGAAACUAAAGUUAGCAGAUAAUGAAAUAUAAAAUUUAAUAAAAGACUAUCAAUGA